AUGACCAACUCCAACGCACACAGCAGCAAUUAUCAGGAGCCCAGAACAAUAAGAGCCGCCACUACGAAUAGAUAUCCAGAAUGGGACUGGCCGCAUUUCUCCGAGAUCCUACGCCCGACAUGGCCCGAUCCCUGCCGCCUUACACGUGGAAGCAUGGCUUUAUCGCCCCCGCCGAAUCGCCGAUCCCAGCGUGGGCGGAUGAGAAGCAGUUCAGCAACCAUCUUGGCCAGCACUCACACUACUCGCGACCGGUGGAAUUCCGAGAAGCCAACCUCAACCGUAGGAAACGAUCUCGGUAUCUCGCAGCUUCGCAGCUGGCCAAACCUGUACAAUGGCACGGAAUCCAACCAAGAGAAGCCAUCAUGGUGGAAGCCCGAUACCGAAGUUGACGUCCUCAUCUGCGGAGCUGGUCCUUUCGGCUUGGAGGUUGGAAUGAAUCUCGCUCGGCAAGGAAUCAGUUUCCGUAUCGUUGACAAAGCCGAUGCGCCAUGUUUGUCAGGGAGAGCGGAUGGGCUGCAACCAAGGGCGCUCGAAUAUCUCCAGACCUGGGGUGUCGGCCACGAAGCCUCAGAGCAAGGUCCACUCCUUAACUCGACUGUUCUUUACCGCAACGGCGUGAAGCUGUUCCACGGGCCCAGUUCGUUUUGCGAUUCGAGAUUCAGGGGGAUACACGUCACAACGCAAGGCCAGGUGGAGAAAAUAUACAUUCGAGACCUCCUUCGCCAUAAGGUUCUCGUGGAACGCUGCACCACCGUUGAUGAGUUCCAGGUGAAGGAAGAUGCGGGCCUUUCCCACCCGGUCACCGCAACGCUGAAGAAUCUCAAGACUGGGGACACCGAGAACAUCCGUGCCAAGUACCUCAUUGGUGCCGAUGGCGCGUCGAGCCAAAUCCGCGAGAAGUUGAGCAUUCCUUUCGACGGUCUCGCGACGAGCUGUUUCUGGGCCAUCAUGGACUGUCAGUUCAAGACCGACUUUCCACAUAUCCUUGGUUUUUGCGAGCAGUACGGUGGUGUUAUUGUCAUCCCGCGGGAGGACGGCUACACACGAUUCUAUGUCCAGAUCACUGGUGAAAGAGCAGCCAAGAUCGCGGCUUCAAGGAGAGAGCAACGCAACGGCAACGGCAAGGCCACGAACGGGCACUCCAAAGUCGGGGAGACCCAGGUCCACGACCCUACAAUCACGCCGGAGGAGGCAUUGGAGCAUCUCAAUAAAAUCAUGGCGCCGUGGACGGUCGAGUUUGCCUCGGCCAUGAGCUGGUUCGCCGUCUGGAGAGUCAACGAACGCGUGGCUAGAUACUAUUCCACCCCCGACCAGAGAGUCCACAUCGGCGGCGAUGCCGCCCACGUCCACAGCGUGCUCGGCGCCUUCGGGCUCAACUCAUCCAUCUACGACGCGGCCAACCUCAGCUGGAAGCUGGGGCUGAGCCUCAAAGGCGCGGCCAAGCCCGACAUGCUGCUCCCCACGUACGACUCGGAGCGCCGGCUCUUUGCCAACCGCGUGAUCCGCGCCUCGGGCGCCUACCUGCGCUUCAUCUGCAACCUCAACCUGCCGCUGGCCGAGCUGCGCGGCCUGGACGACAAGAUCGAGGCCCACGACGAGAACCUGCCCCUGCUCGACGGCACCACCGAGGCGGAUCGGAGGUUUCUGGGGUCCUUCUUCCGCCGCAACGCCAUGUUCCUGCUUGGUGUUGAGGGGCCCAUUGUGGAGUCGGUUAUUUGUCCCCCGACGGCGGAUCAGGGUGUGACCACGGGCCAGAAGAGGAAGAGCAGCGAUAGGGCGCCGACUAGCCUCAUCAAUGGUGCCCGGGCGCCUAGUCCGCGUGUUUGUUUUGAUGAGAACACGACGGGGUGGCUGUAUGACCGCAUGAGGGGGGUGGAUAAGUUCCAUGUUCUGGUGUUUGCGUCGGACCUCCAGGGCCCUGUGCGUGAGCAGAUUGUUCGGUUGUCCGAGGGAUUGUCCAGCAGCAAGGGGUUUUAUUACCGCUUUGGCGGCCGGGAGCGGUUCAAUGUGCUGCUCAUCGUCAAGGCGCUGCCGCACGAGGUUGGCGCGUUGCUGGAGGGGCCCGAGCUAGACGGAAUUCGGGCUGAAGCGAUGGUGGUGUAUGAUGACCGCGCGCCGGACGAGGAUGCCCACUACACCUACGGUGUCAACCACGCUUGUGGGUGUGCCGUGGUGGUGAGGCCGGAUUUGGUGGUUGGCAUGAGCGCCUGGCCCGAGGAGACGGACAAGAUUGGGGCAUACUUGGAUGGAUUCCUGGUGGAGAGCAUUCCGGCGUAG